AUGAAUAAAAAUAAUUUAAAUGCAAAACUUCUUAGUUGUGAAAUUUGUGGAAAACAAAGUGAAGGCAGAAAUUAUAAUGUUAUUAGUUGUCCAAGCUGCAAGCAAUUUUUUCGGCGUACAGUUUUAUAUCAAAAGGUUGUCAAUUGUAAACGAAAUAAAAAGUGUGAUAUAAUAAAUGGGGAUAAAUGUAGAGGGUGCCGUUUUGAUAAAUGUUUAAUUGAAGGAAUGGAUCCUAUGAUGAUUAAAAUUGAUGAUAUGAAUCGCCAAAAUGUAUUUAUUGAAAUGUUAGAAAAACGUCGAAAUAAAUUACAGGAACCAAGCAUGAAAAAUUAUUAUCAAGAAGAUCGAAAAACUAAUUGUGUUAAAAAUAAUAAAAAUUUUAAUGAAUAUCUCCAGUCAACAAGUAAUCAAAAUAUCUGUAUAAACAAUAAAUUAUACUUUAAUGACACGACAAUUGGUAUGUAUAAGUUUAUUGAAUAA